GGCGGGGCGAAGGCCCGGCUGCGCGAAGCGAGGAAGAGGCUGCGCGCAUGCGCGGAAGGAAGCUGAGGGGCGGGGUGGCCGUGGCCGGCCGGGCUCGAGCGAGUUGAGAGAAAAUGCAGGACCCCAAUGCAGACACUGAGUGGAAUGACAUCUUACGCAAAAAGGGCAUCUUGCCCUCAAAGGAAAGCUUGAAGGAUCUGGAGAAGGAGGCAGAAGAGGAAGAGCAGCGGGUCCUCCAGCAGUCCAUUGUGAAAACGUAUGAGGACAUGACUUUGGAAGAACUGGAGGAUAAUGAAGAUGAAUUUAACGAGGAAGACGAGCGUGCGAUCGAACUGUACAGGCAGCAAAGACUGGCUGAGUGGAAAGCAACCCAAUUGAAGAAUAAAUUUGGAGUAGUUUUGGAAAUCUCAGGAAAGGAUUAUGUUCAAGAAGUUACCAAAGCCGGUGAGGGCUUGUGGGUCAUCCUGCACCUUUACAAACAAGGGAUUCCCCUCUGCGCCCUGAUAAAUCAGCACUUCAGUGGACUUGCCAGGAAGUUUCCUGAUGUCAAAUUUAUCAAAGCCAUUUCAACAACCUGCAUACCCAACUAUCCUGACAGGAACCUGCCCACGAUAUUUGUGUACCUUGAAGGUGAUAUCAAGGCUCAGUUUAUUGGACCUCUGGUGUUUGGUGGCAUGAACCUGACAGUGGAUGAGUUGGAGUGGAAAUUGUCUGAGUCUGGAGCAAUCAAGACGAGCCUGGAGGAGAACCCCAAGAAGCCUAUAGAAGAUGUGCUGCUUUCUUCUGUGCGGAACUCCGUCCCCGCCAGGAGGGAGAGUGAUUCCGAGGAUGACUAAGGCUGCGGCCCUGGACCGGCAUCAUCAUGGAAAGAGGGCCCCGUGCUGGGCUGUUCAGCAUCCGGAACUUUCCCGUCCUCAUCCGGGAUCCUAAAUGUGAAUUCUUUCCGAAUAAUGUACCGCUCAUAGAGGCCCGUGACUGCAUUCACGGAGAGUAGGAUGAAGAUUGCCAGGCUUCAAGGCACGUCUUUCAUUUUCCAUUGUGUUAGAGUGUGUCUGAGAGAGAGAAAUGGCAUUAGCCACCAGGAUAUGAAGCAGAACUUCCCUGGACUGGAGAACUCCCUCCGAGGCUCUUUGUUUCAUCUUGCCUUGCUUUUCUUCCACAGAUCCUACUGCUGUAUUCAGCCAGACGUGUCGUAGGCAGUGAGAGGUCUUGGGAGAAUGAACUUUCAGUAUUGCUGGAUACAUUUUCAUGCUUCAGUUAGUAAACAGUGGGUGGGGGCCUGGUGGGUUCUUCAAAGUGAAUUCUGAGUCAUAUUUGAUCUGCUCUUCUAGUGAUUUUCUAACACGUUAUAACAUGUUAAAUAGAAACAGUUCCUCCUGCACUCUC